AUUUUAUCAUCAGCAUAAACUAAUAAUUUGCGUGUGAGAGAAAAAAUAUCAAUAAACUGCAGAAAGUAUGAAUUGUUAGGCAGUAUCAAUUCAUGUCUUGUACAACAUGUUAUGUGUUUCCUGUGCAAAUGUAUAUGCCACAUCCUAUCAUUCCCACUAAACUUAUCUAUUUAAGCCAAUUGUAUUUAAUAUAAGGAACCAAUCUAAGUCAUUUACAACACAGUUAAUCUGUGUGAUAAUUUUGAUUGUUUAAGAAAUAUUUGGUGUGUUUUCAUCCCUUGUCCACUGUAUGUAAAAGACAUUCACUUUAGAAGAGACUGAAUAGCAAAUUAUGUUAUAAACAUUUAUUAUAUGUUCUCAUAAAGAUUCACUUUCUUUUUAAUGGCUUCUCAACAUUGUUCAAUUCGUUUAAUUCGUCAAGAUACAUCUAUUCCAUGGGGUUUUCGAUUAGAAGGUGGUACUGACUUUGGUCAUUCUAUAACUAUACAACAUGUGAAUCCUGGAAGUAUAGCUGAUUACAGUGGACUUCGGGCUGGUGAUCAUGUGAUACGAAUUAAUCAAUCUGAAACUAAAUGGAUGAGACAUGAUGAUGCAAAAAUGGAGAUCAUACGAUCAAGUAAUGAUUUAGAAUUGUUUGUUCAACGUAAUGAAAUUGUAAAUCAAUAUACACAUCAAAAUAAUUUUUCUCCAUCACCAAAACAUUCGUUAAGUAGAUCACCGAAACCAGUUUCUCCACAACCAGUUAGUCGACAAACUAUUUGGCAACCUAAAAUUGUUUCAUCUGUUCAAAUGUCACCAAAUAGUAAUCAUAACAAUCACCAAGCAUAUGGAACUCAUGUUAAUUUAGAGGCUACAUCGAAAAAUGAAGAGUCAUCAUCUAUCGGAGUUAAGCACAAUAUCUCACCACUUCCAUUUGGUCAAUCACCACCGGCACCUGGAGAAAACGUACUAACAAAAGUCGGUGAGGGACGUUAUAGAAAAAUCAGUCACUCAUCAUAUAAUUCACCUAUGGGUUUAUAUAAUCAAAAAAAUAGAAAUCAAACAUUUGAAAGAACAUUGUCUAAUGCUACAGGCAAUCAACAUGAUGGUACAGCACCUCAAGUAUCACCAACAACACCACCAUCAAUGUAUUGUGGAUCAUGUGGAGGUUUUAUACGCGGUGUUUUUGUUAAAGUACAAGGUCGUAUCCCAAUGCAUCCUGAAUGCCUUAAAUGUUGUAAAUGUGGAAUAGGUUUACGUAAUAUUGGUUAUUUCUACAUUAAAGAACAAUUGUAUUGUGAAACUCAUGCUAAACAAGCUGCACCACCUCCUGAACCUGGCAUGAAAGCUGUUGUUGUUUAUAAAUAACAUGUGAACUUUGAAAAAAAGAAAUAAUAAUUUAAGUUCUAUGAAAGAUAUUUAAUAUCCAAUUACACAUGAAGCUAUCAAAAUGAUUGACUCUCUUUCUGAUUAUCUGUCGAUUGUUUGUUUUUUCUCUUUUUUUUCCAAGCAAACUCAUGCAGCCCUUUUAUUUUAGAUGUUUCAUUCUACUUAUUCUAUAGUUUAUUUCAUUAUCUUGAUUAAUAUUCACUAUUAAUGAUCGUAAUUAUAAAAUUGUAAUUGUUUAAGUAUUCAGUAAUUCAUUAUUUUAUUGAUUAGAUUAUUGUUAAUACGAUCAAUGUAUGAACCGUUAAAUAUUGAUUGUGUAUCCGGUAAUAAAAUAACCAAUUUAGUCUUAUCAAAAUUGUUAUUAUCAUUUCAAUGAAGAUAAUAGAAAAGAAAAUAUCUUGAACUGUGUUUUAUUUUUCUUAAAUAUAAUAAGUAAUGAAAUUUCAUUUUGUCCGCGAAUUUAUUGUUUAAAUUAUAUGGCCUAAUAACAUAAGCCAUUCCAAUGUGAGCUUGGAUAUAAUAAUUUACAUCAACACUAUUUUUUUAAUUGUCAUAGCUUGGUUAUAACUUUGUGAUUAAUAUAUAGAACUUUCGACUUUUGAUGAGGCAGAUUUAAAUCUUUAACCAUAUACUGUGGUUUCAAUGAUCAGGUCGUAUCAGUUGUUUAAAUUUAGUUAAGCUAAUGUAUUGAAAUGAUAGAAGAGAUUUGUAGCUGAAAUGGAUUUUUUUUAACG